AUGAACCCUAACACAGGGUGUAGACCUUUCAUUGGCCUUGAUGGCACAUUCUUAAAGGGCUUCUAUGGAGGACAGCUACUCACUGCAAUAGGUCAAGAUGCGAACAACCAAAAUUUUCCAAUUACUUAUGCCGUGGUGGAUUCAGAGAUAACUGAAAAUGGUUUUUGGAGCAUUUACACAAUGACUUGGGCAACUACAAGGUUCAUGGGUCUGAUUCCGACUAUGCAACAAGUUAUGCCUGGAGUUUAUCAUCGCUUCUUGUCAUCUCAAAUUGGCCACAUCAUACGAUAUCGUGCCACCUGGCCUCCACCACUGCCGGAAAAUUUACUCAGGCCACAGAAGGUUUAUGUUGAUAAUAUACUGGUGACUAGUAAUAAUAAAAAUGAAAUCACUGCAUUGAUGCAGAAAUUACAUGGCAUGUUUGCUUUGAAAUCUAUUGGCACUUUCAAUUAUUUUUUAGAAAUUGAGGCCACUAAACUAAAAUCUGGUGCAUAUCAUUUAUCUCAAACUAAAUACAUAAAAUAUGUGUUACACAAAUCAAGCAUGAUUGAUGCUAAGUCAGUCCCAACACCUGUGAUUACUUCAAAAAAAUUCUCUAAACAUGGUGCUGAAUAUUAUUCUGAUCCUACUCACUAUCUUUCUAUAGUACGGGCUCUGCAAUACUACACCUUUACUAGACCUGAGAUAGCAUUCUCAAUAAAUAAGGUAAGCCAAUUUAUGCAAAGACCUUUGUUCAGCCACUGGAGAUCAGUAAAAAGGAUCUUUCGAUAUCUAGCUGGUACAACUGAGCAAGGUCUUCUUUUUCAUCCAUCUACUAAUCUUCGAAUCUUUGGUUUUGCAGAUGCUGAUUGGUCCUCUGAUGUUGGUGAUAGGAGAUCCGCUUCAAGCUAUUGUAUCUUCUUAGGCACUAAUCUGGUUGCUUGGUCAAAAAGAAAACAACAUGUAGUCAGCCAUUUCAGUACAGAAUCUGAAUACAGGAGUGUGGCAGCAGCUACAACUGAGAUUAUUUGGUUACAAAAUCUCCUAUCUGAGCUUGGUUUUCAACAUUUUGGAGUUUCUACCAUUUAUUGUGACAAUGCUAGUGCUUUUCAAUUAUCUGUCAAUCCCGUUAUACACAGCAGAACCAAGCAUUUCGAGUUUAAUAUUCAUUUUGUAAGAGACUUGGUUAACCAACAUCAGCUCCACAUUGUUUAG